UUAAGACACAAAAGUGCAGUGCAGGUCUGAAAAUGGUUCCACAUGGCUUCAGAUUCAAUCCUACUGAUGAAGAGCUUAUCCAAAUCUUAGACAAAAAAGCUUCUAACCAAGAAAUGCCUCUCCACUUUAUAAUCCAUGCAAAUAUUUACGACAAUGAACCUCAACAUCUCCAAUGGAGCCAUAGUGAGGCUAUAGGAAAUGACGAGAGAUACUAUUAUUGCAAGAGAGAAAAUGAUUCCAGGGAAGUAUCAGGAAGGGGAUGGUGGAAAGCUACAAGCCAUGUCAAGAAAGUUCAUGUUAGUAAAGAUCUUAUUGGCUAUAAAAGGCCUUUAACUUUUCAUAAGUACAAAGACCAACUCAAGAACCGUAAUAAUGCCAUUAAGACCAAUUGGAUAAUGCAUGAGUACAGCCUUCAAUCCAAAGAAACGGAAUGGAGACUUUGCAAGAUCAAAUACAAGGGAAAGCCAAGCAUACAAGAAGACAUGGAGAAUAUUAGGCAACGUUACUCAUCAAGCAACAACAACUCUGAAGAAGCUGGUACCACUUCAAUGAAUACCCAAUCAGGCUCUAAUAACAGAGAACAAGACAAGCAAGACGAACCUUCAGUAAUAGCAUUAGACAAUGCAGGUCAUCAUCAAGCUGAUUAUUACUGGAAUCUGCAGGAGCAAAUUCCAGAAACUCAAUAUGAUAUGAGUAGUGGUAGUAAUUACUAUUUCAGUGAGCAGCUAGACCCCAGUUACAGUGAGCAGCAAUUUCCUAGUCUUUGGUCCUGGUAGAAUUACCAACGCAAUUUAUAUGUAUAAAGGAUGGUUGUGUUUUAAUAAAUAAUCAGUUCUUAAUCUCUCUUUAUU